CCGGCGGCGGCGGGCCGGUGAUGUGCCCGGCACGAUGCCGCGGCUCCCGGUGAAGAAGAUCCGCAAGCAGCUCAAGCUGCUGCUGCUGCUGGUGCUGCUCACCUUCGCCGUGUGGUUCACCUACCUCCACAUCAGCCUGGUGCGCCAGGGCCGGGCCCUGCGGCUGCCCUUCGCCUCCGCCAGAGAUGGUGAGAGGCUGGGAGAGGUGACAGAUCCUGGCAGGCGACUGCCCGCAGCCCCGGCAUCAGCACGGCAGAGGAAAGCUGAAGACUCCAGCGAGAGCCGUGAGGAGGAGCAGAGCGACGGGCAGGACUCGGACGGCUGGUUUUCCAGAGGCCGGUGGUCUGACCGAGCCUCCAGGCACCCCAAACUCAACCUGACCAAGCAGGCGUUGCCCUGGAAUGAGCAGUACAAAGGGAAGGCAAACCUGCACGUCUUUGAAGACUGGUGUGGAGGAGCAGUGAGACACCUGAGGAAGAACCUCCAUUUUCCGCUCUUUCCCCACACCCGCACCACCGUGAAAAAGCUGGCUGUGUCACCCAAGUGGAAGAACUACGGGCUACGGAUUUUUGGCUACAUCCACCCCUUCAAGGAUGGGGACUUCCAGUUUUCUGUGGCAUCUGAUGAUAAUUCAGAGUUCUGGCUCAGCUCUGAUGAGAGUCCAUCCAACUCCCGGCUGGCUGCAUUUGUGGGCAAGCUGGGCACCGAGUGGACAGCCCCGGGAGAGUUUACCAAAUUCAGCUCCCAAGUCUCCAAGCCUCUCCAUCUCAUGUCCUCCAGACGCUACUACUUCGAGCUGCUCCACAAACAAGAUGACCGAGGUUCAGACCAUGUGGAAGUUGGUUGGCGAGUUUUCCUCCCCAGCUUGAAGUUUGAAGUUAUCGACUCCUCCUACAUUUCUCUUUACACUGACGAAUCAUCCCUGAAGAUGAACCACGUGGAGCACAUCCCGCAGUCUCUGGCCAGCCACAGCGGUAGCUACCUCUGGGAGGCACAGCAAGAUGAGCAUGGGGCUGACAUGCUGAAGUCUGAUCCCAGGGACACUUUCUUUCUCACCCCGGCGAUAGAGGCUUCCCGAGUGGAAAAUGUGCUGGUGCCCUGUGCCUACAGCCCCACCUACGUGGUGAAAGACUUCCCCAUCGCCCGCUACCAGGGCCUGCAAUUUGUCUACCUCUCGUUCGUGUACCCCAAUGACUUCACUCGCCUCACUCACAUGGAGACGGAGAACAAGUGCUUCUACCGGGAGUCUCCCCUCUACCUGGAGAAGUUCGGUUUCUAUAAGUAUAUGAAGAUGGAUGAAGAGGAGGAGGAUCCACGCCAGCGAGCGUUUCUCUUCCUCAACCCAGACAAUUUCUUAGAGGAAGAGGAGGAAGGAGUGGAUAGUCCUGAGCCCACAGACCCACAACCUGCAACUAAGGAGAGGAGCCUCCAGCUGGUACCUGGAGCCAAAAGGAAAGAAAUCUUGCCAGCUACUAGGGAUUACGGAGACGACCUGGAAUACUACAGCUUUCACCACAAGCAGGGCCAGGCCCAGGAUGAGGCGAGCCCCUCUGCACAGCUGGGAAGAAUGAGCACACCCCGCCAGGCCAGUGCCACCCCCGCAGUGACCAUUCCUGCGGGCCUUCGUGACUACAAGGGUAUGAGCCCUGCACAGGAGCAGCUCCCCAGGCGGAUGCUCAGGUGGUUGCCCCAGAAUCCGGGUGAGGGUGAUGAAGAUGACUUGGGGCUGUUGUCAUCCUCGAAGCGUACAGGUGCCCUGGGCCUCCAGCCCCGCAUCUCUAUUCCUAUCUUUGGUGGCAGAAUCAAAGCACCAGCCCCCAGCAAGCUGGCGGUGCCCAAACAGGACAGAAAGCCCAGGAAACCCCAGGAGAAGGUGUAUGUGACCAGGCUGCAGCCGGGGAAGCGCAAGGCUUCGGCUCAGGAACCUGCCUUCCCCAGCAUCUUCCUUUACCCAAAACCCCUGAGGAAAGUGCAUCUUCGCUCCAGGACCCCUCAGAGGCAUCCCAUACCCUCCAGCAAGCUCCGCACCAUCCCUGGCCGCCGGGUUCCCUGGCUCCUGAGCAACAUCUCCAAGGAGAGAGGCACUGCCAAGCGGAAGAGUGCCAGGCUGGGAGGCAGACGAUGGGAGCGGCUGUACAAGCAGGAAGAGCCGAGGGGUGAGCGACUGGCACUGCCCAGCCUCCUUGCCCCGGGAGCUGACGGGCUUUUCAGUAGGGAGACUCGCGAAGACACUACAACCAGCCCAGGCAGGACAGCGGCCACUGCCAAUUACAACUCCUCGGAGGCAGCCCUGUUGGAUGGGACACGGAUGACAUCCUUUCUGAAGAUGUCGGAAAUGACAGCAUCCCAACAGGAGGAAGGAGAGGGCCCAGGAAAGGGCCAGGAGGAAGAGGAGGAGGAGGAAGAGGUGUCAGACUACAGCUACGAAAAUGCAGAGCUGCAGCAGAGCUGGUUGGAGGACUCCAUCAACUGGCAGAGAACGUUCAGUGUCAGCUCAGUGGACUUUGAGCUCCUGCGCUCCGACUGGAACGACCUGCGCUGCAAUGUGUCAGGCAACCUGCAGCUGAGUGAGAGCGAGGUCGUCGACGUGGUGGCACAGUACAUGGAGAAGCUCAACGAGAAGAACGGCGGCAUCUACACACUCCUACGGAUUGUCAACGUGGAGAAACGCCGGGACACAGCCCGGGGGAACCGCUACCUGCUGGAGCUGGAGCUGGCAGAGCGGGGCCAGCGGACGGUGCGACUCUCCGAAUAUGUCUAUGUCCUCUUGCACCAGGGCAAGCAGGACGACAGCACCGAGGCCAACCCCGAGGGGCAAGCCCCAGCCACGACCGAGCCCCAGCCGAGCACAUGGAGCGUCCUCUACGGAAAGCCCGUCCUAUGCCGGCCCCUGCAUCUCAGCUGGAAGCAGGACGUCAUGGUGCACUUUGUGGUCCCCGUGAAGAACCAGGCACGCUGGGUCCAGCAGUUCAUCUCAGACAUGGCCAGCCUCUACCAGGCUACGAAGGAUGCCAACUUCAACGUCAUCCUUGUGGACUUUGACAGCGAUGACAUGGAUGUACAGAAAUCCCUGCAGGAGGCCCAACUGCCCCGCCACCAGUACCUGCGGCGCACAGGGAACUUUGAGCGCUCGGCUGGGCUGCAGGCUGGCGUGGACACCAUAGAGGACGGACACAGCAUCGUGUUCCUGUGUGACCUGCACAUCCAUUUCCCCCCCAAUAUCCUGGACAGCAUCCGGAAGCACUGCGUGGAGGGGAAGCUGGCCUACGCACCCAUAGUCAUGAGGUUGAGCUGUGGCAGCUCCCCACGAGAGCCCAAUGGCUACUGGGAGGUGAACGGCUUUGGCCUCUUCGGCAUCUAUAAGUCGGACUUUGACCGGGUUGGAGGGAUGAACACGGAGGAGUUCAGAGACCGUUGGGGCGGGGAGGACUGGGAGCUCCUGGACAGGGUCCUUCAGAGCGGGCUGGAGGUGGAGCGCUUACGUCUCAGGAACUUUUACCAUUACUACCACUCCAAACGCGGCAUGUGGAAUGCCCGCAGUAAGAAAGCCCUCAAAGACUAGAGCCUUGAGUCCGGCCAGUGGCUGCGAGGCUGGUGCCUGCGGCGGGGAGACAGGAGAGCCUCCGACAGGACAGAGCCAGCGCCUGGGGCCGGCUGCCUCGCUGCCCUCCGCGUGCAGCCAUAGCAAGUCUCUAGAUGCUGGAGCAAACGUUGCCCGCAGCCGAGAUCUCUCUAAAUGAAC